AUGAAAAAAGUUGCUAUUUUAAAUCAAUUUAUCGAAAGUGACGACACUUUAACAUUUCCAAAGGAUGUUAUACAAAAUUUGAGACGUGCAAUUCUAGCUCCACCAGCAUAUAAACCAACCGUUCAGCAAGCUCUGCAAAACAUCAAUUUUCAGUUCCACAGAAGAUCCAGUUUUAUCAGUUUAAUUAGGGAGUGUAAUGCCAGCGAAGGACAAACUCGCCUAAUUUUCUGGGGUAACGGCAGCUCCGAUAGCAGAAUAACGAUCAUGUCUGCUUCAAGCAACGCUUCGCUCUAUAUGCCAUCCGAAUCACAUAUCAAUCAGAUCGAGCUCCGGUCAACGGGACAACAAACUGACAUCAGUUGUCAGUUUUCCGGUUUUUCUUCACCAGUGUUGAUGGCAGAAGUGGAUGAGCAGCGAGCGUUGCGCGAGCGCAUUGCAGAUUCACUGACUUUCUCGUCAGCAGCAUCACCGCCCCUGCAGUCAGCUGGGCGCUCCGUCUCCAUCUUGGGAUCGGUCUGUGCGCUUCUACUCAGGAAACAGGGGUCGUCGGGUGCAACGAAGGAGGCUUGCGAGUUGAGUGGCAGCUGGCAGUCAGCCAGCAUCUGCCGCAUCUGUUUCGGUGGCGCGUCCCGGGAGCGGCUGGCGCGGCCGUGCGGCUGCCGAGGCACCGUCGCCGCCGUGCACCGCUCCUGUCUCGAGCGCUGGCUGCUUCAAGCUGCCACCUCGCACUGCGAGCUCUGCCGCCACCACUACCUCGUCACCAGGACCCACAAGUGGUCGUGGUGGUGGUGCGUGGUGGCGUGGGCGCGCGCGGGAGCAGCACGAGCGCUGUUGGCGGAUAUGAGUCGCGGGGCAGCGCUGGGCUGUGUGGCGCUGCUGGGCACGUCCCGAGCACUGCGCAUGUGUGACUUAGCUUUACAAGCUGGGGCUGCUCGUGGCGGCCUCGCUGCCCUCGCAGCUAAUGUCUUCUCCUCGCUGCUCAUCGGCCUCAUCGGUGCACUGAACGGGCUGCUGACGACGUGGAUGCUGCUGAAGGUGCAGGAGCACCAGGCGGGCUGGCGCGCCUGGCGCGACGCUUCACUGCGCGUGCACGUGCUGCUACCCGAUCCUACGCCUACGCCUGGCGCCAGCGCGCACCCCACACCCAGCGCCACGCCCACGCUCAGCCCCACGCGGCCCACGUCCCCGAGCCUCAUGUCGCUGCGCACUAUUGCCGAAAUGCCGCCCACGGUCGACCGAGCCACCAACAUUGCCGAUCCUCUUAUAGUGCCACUAACUGUGCCACCACAAAUUUAG